AUGGAUAAUCCUUAUAUUUCAAAGGACAGCUCGACCCAAAAUGCAUUGAAUCUAAAAUGGACGUUUGGAUUCAAUCGUGAAUGCAUUGGUGCAGUUCACAACCUAUCUGAUAGCAAGCAAAAGGUUCUAUUUUACGCAUCUGCUCAUACGGGCGUACUUUACGACUGGGUACACGGAAACCAAAAACUACUUCAAGGGCAUUGUAAUUCAAUUACAUCAACAGCAGUUAGUUUAAAACAACAAUGGAUUGUGACUGCAGACUGUGGACCAAACUCUAUGAUCAUUGUAUGGGAUAUAAAUCCUGAACUCAAAUCGAAUAUUUCCGAUGCUACAGAUGCAUCGGCUACUCCUCAAAACACACUACAAGCCGUGCCUAUUAAAAACAUUUUUGAUCCACAUGAUGGAUUGGGUGUGCUAUCCGUUGAAUUUACCCCCGACUCAAAAUAUCUAAUCACUCUUGGCGCAAGUCAAGAUCAAACCAUUUGCAUUUGGGAUUGGACUUGCUCAACCAAUGAGCCACUUUUAUCCUACAAAAUAGUGGGAGAGUUGCAGACUUGCUUGCGAGUCAAUCCAGUUGAUCCUUUUGAACUGAUUUCAAAUGGUCCAAAUUCAAUCAAUUUUUAUAUCUGGGACAAGGAGUCGCUGGAAAUGACCCAAAAUGUGCCAGUUUUAAGUUCAAAAGAUUUUAAGCACACUCCUUCAGGAUACUCGUACUCGAAUUUUCUGCCCUCAUUGAAUCAGGCUGUAUCUGGAACCAAAGAUGGCGAGGUGAUUGUCUGGUCAGAUAAAAGUCUUGAUAAUCUCAGUAUCAAAUUGAAAAAAGGGCACAAGGAAGUAGUUAAAUUCAUCAAGCUGCAUAAUUCUCCAAUAAACUUUAUAACAAGUUUUCAGGACAAGUUUAUUAUUACUGGUGGCGAGGAUGGCUAUAUCAAAAUAUUUGAUUUAAAUUUUAGAAUACUAUUUUGGUACGAAAAAUUAGACGCCGGUCCCAUUUCAUCUGUAGCAAUAAGCACUACAUUUGAACCAAUGUUUGAAGACAUUGGUAUACCCGAACUUGUUGUUGCGACUAAACACGCACGCAUUUUACUGCUUCAUAAUCCUCAAACCAAGGCAGCGUUUUCAAAUACAAACAACAAAACUAUCACGGAAUGUGCACUAACAAACACACACUUUUUGACCACUGGAUUAUCAAGUGGAGACAAUCCACCUACUCAACAUCAACGAGGCACAUUUGAAUUCAAUGAGGUUCCUAGAAUAACCAACUUAUUGCAUGGUCAAUACGGAAACAUUCGUGGAUUAGAUGCACAUCCCGCGUCAAGUUGCUUUGCAGUGGGUAGCGAUUCGGGUCAUUUACAUAUCUGGGACUAUGACACCAAAAAAAUCAUUAUUUCGCGGUACUUUAAAGACAUUCCUAGCACUACUGAAGCCGUCAUUGCAGCGCAAAAGCACAAAAAACAAAAGGCGGAUACUCUUAUAGACGCAAACGAUCAGCCAGGUGUAAAAUCACAUAGCGUUGAGCCCACACCCAUGGUAAUUAGCUGCCUUGCGUAUUCUUGCAAUGGAAAAACACUUGCAAUUGGGUUUACCAAUGGCGUGUUAAGAAUGUUGGACGCACAAACAUUACAAGAUAUUCCCCAAUCUUAUCUCAUUAAAAAUCAAUUUUACGGUUAUCAAAUAUCAUCCGAGCCCAUUACAAAACUAUCAUUUUCACCCGAUGAUGACUAUUGUGCUGCGGCGGAUGCUGCCCAUGUUGUAUGUAUUCUUUGCAAAGAAGCCGUCAGUGCAAAAUCCACCAGAUCUGCAGAAGCUACUGGUACUGAACCAAAAUGCGUUGGUAAUGAACCACAACAAAAAACUCUUGCUGCUGUUGGAGAAGAUGGGAACACGAAAAGUUUAUUACGACACCGUGUCGAAUGGGUAUUUAUUGGCCGUCGCAAAACUCACUUUAAAGAUAUUGUCUCCUUGUUAUUUUUGCCAAAAGAAACAAGUGAUAGUGGACCAAGGCUUUUGUCUGUUUCAAAGGAUAGACACGUUGCCGAUUUUGAUCUUGCCAAAUCAAAUAUUGUUGGUGGGAUCUUUAUCAAUUCAAUUCGACGGAUUGAGCAAAUUCAUAGACCUGAAGCGGCAGUAAUAUAUAAACGACACCAUAGUAUCCAUCCCGAGAAUUUGAUACUGACCUUCAAUUCUGGUUACAAACUCAAGCAAUACACUGAAUCUACUCAGCUGUGUAAAAAAACUGUUCUUGGACCAACUUUUGGUGGGCAUAUAAAUAAUAUGCGUCUUAUUCCAUCGGACUCGGAAACAAAGUAUCUUGCUUUUUCCACGUCCAAUCAGGCAAGCUAUCAAGUUAUUGGUAUAACGGUAUUUCCAUUGGAUGGAAACCCAUCCACGACAAUGGGUGUUAUUAGUCAUCCUGGCGAGGCACUAUCAAUCAUUACUGCUGGUGGUACAGACGGAAUAGUCAACUGCUGGAAUAUCAACACGGCUGUACUUGAAGCUCAAGCAUCGAUUUUUGCUGGGAGUCUUGAACCUUAUCUGAAUAUGCUUGAUCCCAGUGGUCUUGGUGAAAAAAGCCCGAUAUAUCGUGAAUUUGAAGAUUAUUUCUACUAUGCUCAGCUUCAAAGUCAAAAGGGAGAUGCUGCUGGCAAUCGUAUCAUAUCUGAUCAAGUCAGUUUAACACAAGUCCCAUCAAUUGUUCAAGCCAUGGGAUAUUAUCCUUCAAAUCAAGAAAUUGACGACAUGAUUAACGAAGUUAAAUACUCGAGGUUUUCACAAGGCGAAGGAAAAGAAGUUGAAUCCAUCACAUUCCCUGAACUCAUCAAAUUGUAUUUGAAUCAUCGACCAGUGAGAGAUAUUAGUUUAAACGAUAUAGAGAUUGCGUUGUCCCAUGCCAAGCGUUUAGAGCCUGGAAAGCCGCUUCCAAAGGGUCCAGUUGUUAAGCUCAGUUUAAAUCAAACUGUUUCAAGCAAAGGAAUUGUUUCAUUACUUCAGCAAUUUGGCGAAUCUUUUUCUCUUGAAGAUGUGCAUGAAGCAUUCUCCAUGCUCUUGAUGGAUCAUCCCAUCUAUCGUGGACAACUGCCUCAUACAAUCAAUGCAAAAGAUUUUAUUCAAGAUGUGCUAGGACUUGUUCCUACAGAACCAACUGAAAUUGAAUUGGGUAGUGAUGUGGAUAAGGAUACUUUUAGUAACCCACCUACACAUGUUUAAACGCACGGUCACGUAACGCUGAAUCUAAAUGUUUCAGCAUAUCCGUGUUUCUAAUCUAUAUCGAUAAUUAGUUUCAAUAAAUUGGUAUUGAGUUGAGGAUAAACC